CGUACGAGAGGAAGAUGUCGGUGUGAGCGCACGCACAUGCUGAAAAGAACAAGGGUCUGCCUCAUUUGCAGACGGUGACAUUUAGAUCGUGUCCCGCCCACAAGGCGUGGAGUCGUGUCUCCUUUCCACAAGUCUCUCACUGGGGACGGAGGGAUUACCGGGUGGACCAUAGAUGGCCCGGACACGGGGGAUUCUUUCCUCUUUUUUCCUGUAGGGUGCUCUAACCACAACACACAGGUAUGCCACCCCCGGCUGACAUUGUGAAGGUUGCCAUUGAGUGGCCCGGUGCCAAUGCUCAGCUUAUAGAGAUGGACCAGAAGAGACCCUUAUCCUCUAUAAUACGGGAAGUAUGUGACGGGUGGUCUUUGUCGGGCUCUGAGCAGUUCGCUCUCCGUUAUGCUGAUGGUCCUCAGCUUUACAUCACUGAACAGAGCCGCGGUGACAUUAAGAAUGGGACAAUCCUUCGAUUAGCAAUUUCCCCAGCUCGUGCUGCUCGUCAACUCUUGGAGAGGAUCCAGUCGCAUGGUAUUGAUGCUCGCCUCGAGGCUCUGAAGGAGCUCGCAAAGUUGUCCGCAGACCCGACUUUUGCUGCAGAAUUCAUAAAUAUGGAAGGCAUAGGGACUCUGGCUCGACUUGUCGAGAGUGGCACGCAUUUUGGGGAAAUGUUGGCCUUCACUCUCACUGCGUUCCUGGAGUUGAUGGAUCACGGCAUUGUAUCCUGGGAUCUGAUCUCCCUCUCCUUCAUCAAACAGAUUGCAGGUUAUGUGAACCAGCCCAUGGUGGAUGUGUCCAUCCUGCAGCGCUCCUUGGCCAUCCUGGAGAGCAUGGUCCUGAACAGCCACAGUCUCUACCACCGCGUGGCCCAGGAGAUCACCGUGGGACAGCUCAUCGGGCACCUGCAAGUGUCAAAUCAGGAAAUCCAGACCUACGCCAUCGCUCUCAUCAACGCUCUUUUCCUGAAGGCGCCAGAAGACAGACGGCAGGAGGAGUGUACUAACCCACUGGAGCAGCACCUCACCGAAAUGGCAAGCACUUUGGCUCAGAAACACCUGCGCUCCAUAAUCCUAAAUCACGUCAUCAGGGGAAAUCGACCAAUCAAAGCAGAGAUGGCACAUCAGCUGUAUGUGCUACAGGUGUUGACCUUUAACCUUUUGGAAGAAAGGAUGAUGACCAAAAUGGAUCCCAAUGACCAGGCUCAGAGGGACAUUAUUUUUGAGCUGCGCAGAAUUGCCUUUGAUGGAGACACUGAUCCCACCGGUACAGAGAAGAGGAAAGCAAUGUACACCAAGGACUACAAGAUGCUCGGCUUCACUAACCAUUUGAACCCGGCUAUGGACUUUACCCAGACUCCUCCUGGGAUGCUGGCUCUGGAUAAUAUGCUUUAUCUGGCCAGGGUUCAUCAGGAUACUUACAUCAGAAUCGUGCUGGAGAACAGCAGUCGGGAGGAUAAGCAUGAGUGUCCCUUUGGCCGCUGCGCGAUCGAACUUACUCGGAUGCUGUGCGAGAUUCUCCAGGUCGGAGAACUGCCAAACGAGGGCUGCAAUGAUUAUCACCCCAUGUUCUUCACUCAUGACCGCGCGUGGGAGGAGUUCUUCUGCGUCUGCAUCCAGCUGCUUAAUAAAACAUGGAAGGAGAUGAGAGCCACGGCUGAGGACUUCAACAAGGUUAUGCAGGUGGUCCGGGAGCAGAUCACCAGGGCUCUGGCUAUGAAGCCGUCCUCCAUAGACCAGCUGAAGAACAAGCUGCGAGGCCUCAGCUACUCUGAGAUUCUGCGUCUGCGGCAGUCAGAAAGGAUGAGCCAGGACGACUUCCAGUCUCCGCCCAUCAUAGAGCUGCGGGAGAGGAUUCAACCCGAGAUCUUGGAGCUCAUCAAGCAGCAGCGGCUCAACCGGUUGUGCGAGGGAAGCUGCUUCCGUAAACUGGGGAACCGUCGAAGGCAAGAAAAGUUCUGGUUCUGCCGAUUAUCUCUUAACCACAAAGUUCUGCACUACGGGGAUUUGGAGGAGUCACCUCAGGGUGAAGUGCCUUUUGAGCUACUGAGUGACAAGAUCCCUGUCUCAGACAUCAAGUCUGUGCUAACAGGAAAGGAUUGCCCUCAUAUGAAGGAGAAAAGUGCUCUAAAACAAAACAAGGAGGUGCUGGAGCUGGCCUUCUCCGUCCUCUAUGAUCCAGACGAAACGCUUAAUUUUGUUGCACCGAACAAAUACGAGUAUUGCAUCUGGACCGACGGGCUGUGUGCGCUGCUGGGCAGAGAGAUGGGCAGUGACCUGACACGCAGCGACCUAGAUACCCUCAUAAGCAUGGAGAUGAAGCUCCGCCUCCUCGACCUUGAGAACAUCACGAUCCCAGAAGCCCCGCCUCCAGUGCCAAAGGAGCCUAGCUCUUACAACUUCACCUACAACUACAGCUGAGUUGUGCGUGUGCUUCUGUGUGUGCUCGAAUGCCAUGCAUGCAUGUAUUGAUAAAAGACACGUCUACUCAUCUGUUGAUGAAUUUAGCUGCUUAUAUUUAUAACGGUUGAUUUUGUUUUCCAGAACUUUAAACACACACGUUUAGGAUGCAGUAUGGUUGUCAGACUUAAAACAAAAAAACAACAACAACAAAAAUGUGAUAAUAGCUUUAUGGUGGGGUCAGAGGUUAAACUUUACUUAACAGUUGAGAACCCCAACAGCAUCUUCAUCUCCUCUAAUUCAGAAAUGAAACCGGAGCUUUUAGUUUCUCAGUAAAAUGUUCUUGCUAAGUCGAGCUAUGCGUGGUAGCCAUGGCAACUGGUAAUGAAGGGGCUACUGUCUCAGUUUAAACGUUUAAAAUGUGCUGUGGUACUGCUCGUUCCUCCACUUGUACAGUAAAACACAAUCAGCUCUACACCUUUUCUCCAUUAUUGCCUCAUUAAUAUCAAGUUAUAAACAUGUUGGACUGUAAUCAAGCUGGACAGCUUUCUCCGUAGGAGCCUGUUUCUGCUAUGAAAUGAGACGUUCGUGUGCUAGAGAAAUCUUUUGACGGGGAUUAAUUUUUGUCAACUAUAAAUAUCAGGACUGGCACGAGUCCAGGUGCUGAAACCUGCAUUUGUGUCUUCACAAAGUUUGCUGUUUUUCUGAGCAGUUGCUGAAUCUGCUGAUUCGAAGCCCAAAUUGGAUCACACAAACAAUCAAAAUCGGACUAGAUUUGGUUAUUGUUACUGGAUGAGGGCUGGUAGUAAACAGUUACCGGCACAAAGCUGAGUUUACACACCUGGUGUCGCUGAUCGCUGAUGCUGCCGCUGCCGCUGCCGCUGCCGCUGCCGCUGCCUGAAUUAACUUCUUUCUCACAUUUUUCUUGGCUGCUCUACAGUAUCGGCUCACAAAAGGGAUUCAGUUCCCUAAUUCAGUUUUCAGUCUUUGUGUGUUUGUGUCUGAGAGUGGACAUCUUCAUGUUUUUCUUGUGUGUUCAUAUUAGUUCCCAAACUGUGGUGAUGCACCAGUAGUGAUGCAGUCACUCUAAAAAGUUUUAGCAUCCUGACAAGCUGGUUUUUAUGAGCUUGGUCAUUGUAUUUACUUACCAGUAUAACUUGGUGCCGCGUUUUGACAAACCUGCAUGACGUAGUUGUAACAAACAUAAAGAUAAUUUAACACAGAACAUUUUUGUGUAUGAAGUAGAGAUUCACCAAUAAAUCUACAACAAUUAGGAUCUGGCAGUUUUCUAAAGACUAAAAAAAUUGUUUUUCCCUACUUAUGAAAUGUCUUUAUUGACAUACAGCAUGCUUUGAUAUAUAAAUUACAUAAUAUUUCCUGUAGAAUUUUAAAGUAAGGUCUCCGUCAAAGAACAGCACAUUUGUUAAAUCUUUAAGGUCUUAUAGUCCUUAGAAUAAGAAAAUCUUAAUAAAUAAAAAUUGAAAUUUGGAAGUCAGACUUAAAAAAUGAACUAGAAAUUGGUAUCAGCCCCCCCAAAAACCCUAAUUGCUCUAGAGGUUAGCCAGAAUAAUGCAUAAAUUACACAGCACGAGUUUAUAAUAUAUUUCCAUAAUUAAAAGUUUAACAGUGUUAAAAAGUAUUAAUAUAUUUUGUCAGUUCUCUGUUGUGUAUAAGGAAAAAGAGAAAACAUUUCUUAUGGGUAAAUUACUUCAAUGUUUGAUAUCAGAUGACUACAACUACAUCAUGCUGGAUACAAACUAGGUAAAGAUGGUUUUUAAUAUAAAUGCUAUGUGGUUGUUGUGUAUCCGCAACUUAAAGCAUGGCGUUUCAGUUUGCAUCAUAAAAACUUACUUUACAUUUUACGUGUUACCAGUUUAACAGUUUAACACAUCUGCUCUCACUGCACAGACCAGGGGAUUUAAGGAGCUUCUCUGCAAUCUACUAUUGAAACUAUGCUGGCUUUUCCAAUCCUAUGAAACUCAAACUUUCCAAAAAGUGGAUAAAUCUAGUACUGCUUAUGCAUCACAUGAACACAGGAUUGUGUUCUUUAUAUUUAGCAGUAUUGUCAUUUUCAGUUUCCCAGUAGUUCCCGGUUAUAUGCUUUCAGCUUGUGAGCCGAUACUCAGCACUGCUACUAUUUGUUAAAGCUCUAUAGAAUUAUAUUUUUGUAAAUGACUUUACCUUCUUAUCAUUAUAACUCUCUUUCCAGUAUUUCCAAGUUUAAAUUAGUUUUUUCAGACUUCAUUUCCCCUUAGCAAUGUUAAAAUUAAGAAUACAUUUCUAAAGAUAAGUUGCUCAAAGAAGCAGAAUUAUUCUAUUUUUACAUAUAAAAGAUGAACAUUGUCAUAUUUUUAGUUUUGUUUAAAGCUUUUAUGAGCCUACCUAAGUUUGAAAAUCUGAUUUAUAGCUGCAAACAAUUUGCUAUAAGUUGCACAUACACAGCGCUGAAGAGUUUAUGUUUUUUCAGUUUUCCUCUGAGUUCAACAUAGAUUUACUAAAUGAACCUCUUGUUGUAUAAAAGAACAUGACAAUGUUCAGAUUACAACCCCAAACUGAAAAUGUAAACAUUUAUCAUGUUAAGAUGAUUUAAGUCUGUGAAUUAGACUUUUAUAAUGUGAAGGAACCCUGUGUGUUUUUUGCAUUCAACAUGCUCAGUAUACACUGAAACAAAUCCAUUAUAUUGUUUUUUUAAGGGCACCAUCACCAGAACCUACUGCAACUAUGAUGUCAGCUUGUGUCAAUAAUCUGUGUUGAUGCUAGUGGUAAUAGCAGAGUUCAGCUUGUAUGCAAUUUGCUCCCCCCCCAAGUUUGUUUUUAAUCUGAUUUUGGAAAUUCAAGUAGUUUAAAAAUGGGUUUUGGCACCGAGAGUUUCUUAAAAGCUGUACAUCUUCACCAGUUGAACAUGUGCUGCCCAAAAGAUGCAGUGUGCUCCAGGCCUGUGUGUUUACCAAAUGUUUUUCUAAUUAUAGUGAAUUAGUGGGAAACAAGCUGACUUGCUGUUCCUUUUAUUAAUUCUGCAUAAAGCAUUGUUCUCUAAGCCCUCUAGCCACCGUACCAGCCCAUAAUCUAACCAGUAACUCAACCAGUUGACGAUUCAGGCAUCGACUUCUGUUGCCGUUAUCUUCUACAAUAACUCUUGCCUUGAAUGAACAAAAAAUUAAAAUUUUUAGAUCCAUUAACUGUUUUUCAUGACUUGCUUAAAAAAAUGUAUUUACACUAUGUAGUGCUACUAAAGAAUGACAGAGUUAUAUAAAUAUUUGAAUAUGGUAUCCAUGUAGAUCAUUCUAUGUAUAUACAGUAAUGUCUUGCCUUAUUGAAGAGUUGUAUUAUGUUUUGUGUGAAUAAAGAAGUCCUAACUGAU